GUGACAUGCACAGUGCACAUGAGACGGACAUCCCUGGGCCGGAUUGAAGCACCAGAAACGGACAGUCCAGGUCUCGCAAGUUUCUUCCUCCUGCCGCGCCUCCUCUCCCCCCGUCCUUAAUAUCUCUUCCCAGCGCGUGCCGUGCCGCGGUCGACCGACAUGGCCCGGCGGCGGCUCUGGACGUGGGCAGCUGCCGUCGUCGUCGUCGCUGCUGCGGCUGCGGCUGCAGCGGCGGCGGGCCAGGAGAAAAGGCUGCUGGUGGGCAUGACUCUCGUCCCGGGCGCCGCGUCCACGGGGGCAGUGUGCCUCGACGGGAGCCCGCCGGCGUACCACCUCCACCGUGGCUCCGGCGCGGGCGCCCGCGGCUGGUUGCUCCAGUUCGAGGGCGGCGGCUGGUGCAACGACGCGCCGUCGUGCGCCGCAAGAGCCGGCACGCGGCGGGGGUCCACCCGGCUCAUGAGCAAGCUCGAGGUCUUCUCCGGCGUGCUCAGCAACGAUCCGGCCAGGAACCCAGAUUUUUACAACUGGAAUCGGGUGAAGCUGCGGUACUGCGACGGCGGAUCCUUCGCGGGCGAUUCAGAGUUCAGAAAUGGCUCUUCAGUCAUCUACAUGAGAGGUCAAAGGAUAUGGGAUGCUAUCAUCGCCGAUCUCCUCACCAAAGGCCUCGCCAAAGCCGAAAAGGUGCUGCUCUCAGGCUGCUCAGCAGGAGGCCUAGCUACAUUCUUCCACUGCGACAACCUCGGGGAGCUUCUUGGGGGUGUCGCCACGGUGAAAUGCAUGAGCGACGCGGGGUUUUUCCUUGAUGUGGAUGACAUUUCUGGCAACAACAGCAUUAGGCCUUUCUUUAGCAGCCUAGUUGCUCUGCAGGGAGCUGAGAAGAAUUUGAACAAAGACUGUCUAAAUUCAACACUCGAUCCUUAUCUGUGUUUUUUCCCGCAGUAUGCACUUCAAAACAUUAAAACCCCAUAUUUCAUCUUGAAUUCAGCAUACGAUGUAUAUCAGUUCCAUCACAUCUUUGUGCCUCCUUCGUCUGAUCCUAGGGGUCACUGGAGUCGCUGUAAGGCGGACCCUAGCGCAUGCAGCACAUUACAAAUUGCAACUCUCCAAGGCCUAAGAAGUGCAAUGUUAACAGCUCUCAAACUGUUUGAAGGUGAGCCGGAGGUGGGGAUGUUCAUCAAUUCUUGCUUUGCACAUUGCCAGAGCGAGCUGCAGGACACAUGGUUUGCACCGAAUUCCCCAACACUGGACAAUGAGACAAUUGCAGAGCUAGUCGGUGAUUGGUACUUUGAAAGGGGUGCCGCCCAAGAAAUCGACUGCGCCUAUCCCUGCGACUCAACUUGCCACAACAUUAUACCAUCUAAUCAGGUCGGCAACUAGUGGAUACAAUGUGUUGUGUAGGUUGGUUCAUAGUGUUCUUCAGCUCAAUACAAGAAAUAUUGGCAAAAUUUUACUGUGUAUUGCUAAGUUCAUCAUAUAUACUACAAAUAUAUAGAAGAAAUAGCUUGGAUGCCCAGCAUAGAGGUAUCAUGUUUUGGGUUCAGAUCCAUCAUUUCCAUGUCUCUACAUUUGCUUUCUUUGGUCCAUUUUCUUUUAACAAUCAUUCUUUGAUUUUGGGACUGUCUAUUUAACAGUCGACUGAAUUUCAAUUGGUAUUCAUCUUUUUUUAGCCAA